AACCUAACCUCAAAAAUUUUAUAGGUUAUGUUCUGUUCAUGUUGUAUUCAACUGCAUUAGAAAACAUGUGCCUGGAAAAUUUGUUUAUUGAUUGAAUUUUCUGUCAUUUUGAAUUAUUAGUGAAUUUUAUAAAUAAUAAUUCUAAUAUAAUGACUCAACUUAAAGAACUAUAUAAAGUGACAUCAUGUCAUAGUGCUUUCUACACGGGUGGUGACAUUGAGUGGACAGAAAAUGGCGAGAGCCUGCUAUGUCAGUGUGGAGGGAAAAUCCAAGUCCUUGAUAUCAAUGAGGGUAAAGUUGUAUCAACCAUAAGUGAAGAAGAAAGUACUGGCCUGGAGGAAGAAAUCGAAGAAGAUACAAUACUAACUUUUCUGCUAAGUCCUGACAAUUCCACUAUAAUUGUAGCACAUAAAAGCGGUCUAUUGAAGACAUGGGAUUGGAAAGAGAACAAACUACUCAAGACAUGGCGGAGUUUGCACAAGGUUCCCAUAUCAAAGUUGGCUUGUUACAGAAAUAAUUCCCUUCUGGCGACUGGUGCUACAGAUGCCAGUAUUAGAAUAUGGGAUUUAGACCAUCAUGCAUGUAGGCAUAGUUUACCAUCUUCGGGAAUGGUUGGUGUUAUCAGUGUUUUGGUGUUCCUUAAUGAACUGGUAUUCGCGGCGGCUGACGAUACUGCCAUAAGAGCAUGGGACUUUGCUUCGGGAACUUUGAAAUAUACAUACUCGGGCCACUUCAGCAAAGUUACCAGCCUUCAAAUUUUACCUGAUAGAAAGUCUAUGGUCAGUUGUGGCCGUGAUAAAGUGAUAAUUGUAUGGGACAUAGUUGCCAGCCGCGCUGUGCGAACAAUUGCUGUCUACGAAAGCCUGGAGAGCCUCGUUCUGCUGCCGAAUAGUUUGACUCUGCCUGACUCAGCAAAACGUCCCAAGAAAGGAACAUUUGUUGCCUGCGCCGGAGAGAAAGGUGUGUUGAGAGUUUGGAACGCAGAUCCUGCUGCUGAGCUGUAUGUGAGCGAUUCCUUCAUUUCAGCUGGAUCUAGCAGUGAUGCACAAGGUAUAAAGAAACUUAUGAUUUGUCCUGAAAGGAAUUCCUUGGCGGUUAUCAGCUCUGAUCACACGAUAUUCUUCGUAGCUACCGAUGAUAAACUGUCCGUCAGUAAACAGAUGGUCGGCUUCAGUGAUGAGAUUUUCGACGUGGUUUUCAUGGGGGAAAAUCAGUCUCACCUAGCAGUUGCCACAAAUAGUUCUGUAAUUAAAUUGUAUACAGUGGCAAACAUGGCCUGCCAAUUACUCAAAGGACAUUCCGAUCUAGUUAUAAGUUUGACUAGUACUCCAGCCAAUCCUAAUCUACUUGUGUCUGGCGCUAAGGAUAACAGUAUACGACUGUGGCUAAUGAACGGUGAAGGAUCAGUGAAUUGUAUAGCCAGCGGAACAAGGCAUACGUCUUCAGUGACAUCCGUUGCUUUGGGUCGAAAUAAUGCCAAUCUAUUAGUGUCGGCUGGUGAAGAUACCACUCUCAAGAUAUGGUCGCUUCCCAAGAAAUUCAAUACGAAUUCCAUUGAAGCUCUGAGCGUUAAAUGCACGGAAGUUGCUCACGAAAAGGACAUUAACGGCAUCUGCAUAGCUCCUAAUGAUAAGAUCAUGGCUACAGCAUCUCUUGAUAAAACUGCUAAGCUUUGGAGUACAAGUGACCUAUCACUGAUGGGCGUGUUGAAAGGCCACAAGAGAGGCGUCUGGUCCGCCAAGUUUUCUCCUGUUGAUCAAGUCCUAGCUACCACCUCGGCCGAUAGUACUCUGAGGUUAUGGUCCCUAUCUGACCUCUCCUGUUUGAAAACGUUCGAAGGUCACGGCUCCUCGGUUCUGCGAGUAGAGUUUCUGAGCCGAGGCCUGCAGCUGGUGAGUGUCGGCAGUGACGGACUCAUGAAGCUGUGGUGCAUUAAGAGCAGUGAAUGUAUGGCCACAUUCGAUCAACAUGAUGGCAAAGUGUGGGCUCUUGCAGUGUCAAAGGACGAGCAAGUGCUGGUUACGGGAGGUGACGACUCUAAGCUGCAGUUCUGGGCGGACUCGACAGAGGCGGCUCGUCUGGAGGCAGCCAACGAGAGACAGACACGCGUCGAGCACCAACAAAGGCUCGACAACCUCAUUCACAAUCACAUGCUGUUGCCUGCCCUCGAACUGGCCCUGCGACUGGAGCGGCCGGCCACUGUGCUCAAAAUUGUCACCAAAUUGCAACAAGAAAGUGCCGAUUCAUUGGACGAUGUCAUCAGAAAACUGGAUGUGGAUAAGAAAGGAUCUCUAUUGAAAUGUGUGAUCUCAUGGAACUCCAACAGUAAACAAUCAUAUUCGGCACAGGUUGUCCUCUCAGUGUUAUUAGACGAUAUAAUAAAAGGAGAUCUUCGUGUCCCAUCAUCAGAUAUGGAGUCACUGAUAAUGUUUUCUGACAGGCAUUUCAAAAGGCUCACACAAAUGCAACAAGAUCUCCAGAUAUUGAAGUACACGGCUAAUAUUAUGCUGCCUCAUGCUAAAUGAGUUUUAUGAAUAAAUUUAAAAUAUUUUAUACUAUAAUGUUUUAAGAAAAAUAAAAAAUCGUUUUAGAAAACUU